CUCCUCUCUCAGUUGUAUUUAAAGGAGAGGCUGCCCCCUUUCCUUGUGUAGUAAAAGGAGUCUGCUUGCACGAAGGACUGAGGGGCUGCAAGACUACGUUGUCGACAUGAUACCCGCGGUGAUGCUCAAUACUGGAGCAGAAAUGCCUAUUGUGGGUCUGGGAACAUGGAGGGCAGAACAAGGAGAGGUGGGAGAGGCUGUAAAAGUGGCCAUAAGGACAGGUUACAGGCACAUUGACGGCGCUCUGGUGUACGAGAAUGAAGAAGAAGUAGGCGCUGGGAUCCGAGCAAUGAUUGAUCAAGGAGUGGUCAAGAGGGAAGAGCUAUUCAUUGUCAGUAAGCUGUGGUGCACCUUCCACCUUCCAUCUCUUGUGAAGACAGGGUGUGAGAAGACUCUAAGAGACCUGAAACUGGACUACCUGGACCUCUAUCUCAUGCACUUCCCUAUGGGAACCAAGCCAGGUGAUGACCUCUUUCCUUUAGAUGAACACGACCAGGUCAUUUCUGAUGGAAGCAACUUCUUAGACACAUGGGAGGUGAUGGAAGAGCUGGUGGAUGCUGGGCUGGUCAAAGCAAUCGGCAUCUCCAACUUUAACAAAGACCAGAUUGAAGCCUUACUCAACAAACCAGGUCUCAAGCACAAGCCCGUCAACAACCAGAUUGAGUGUCACCCGUACCUGACCCAAGGGAAGUUGAUCAACUACUGCCACUCCAAGGGAAUCUCAGUGACGGCCUACAGCCCCCUGGGUUCCCCUGGCAGACCCUGGGCUUCAUCUGACGAACCCUCUCUGCUGGAGGACCCGAAGAUCAAGGCCAUCGCUGAGAAGUACAACAAGACUCCAGCACAGGUCCUCAUGAGGUUCCACACCCAGAGGAAUGUGAUUGUUAUUGCAAAGUCAGUAAAGCCCCAUCGAGUCCACGAAAAUUUCCAGUUAUUUGACUUUGAGUUGAGCGAAGAAGACAUGAAGACCAUGCUGAGCUUGGACAAGAAUUGGAGAGGAUUCCCGAUGCAAUGGGCCUCCAAACACAAAGACUUCCCCCUGAAUACAGAAUACUAACAUACAAUACAAUGGAACUUCUGCUGUUCAUCUGUUCUUAUAUAUCAGAUUUUACAUGUUGCAUUAUCAAACUUACAUGUUUAGAAAGACAGAGACUGAAGAAUGAUGUCUAUAUACUGAGCUUUUUCUGGACUUGAACUGUGUAUCUAUGAUCUCUCUUAUUUAACAUUCAAAUGGCUGUAGGUUAUGUUUACAUGGGACAAAUGGGGAAUGGAAGUUGUCGCUACAAAAUGUUACAUCCGGAGCUACAAAAGUGAAACACAAUUUUAAUGACUCUUUCACAAUUUAAACUUUUUGUGAGUUUAAUUACACAAACACGAGCAGUUUGCACAAAUUAGGACCGUUUAUGUAAGCUACUUCCUGAUGAUAAAAGCCUGACAGAUUGGGUUUAGAAGAUAAGAUUUGUUUCUGUGAACUUAAACUUGGUUAUGAAAAUCGAUCAGUGUUUGAAAUUGAUUAUGACAUGACAGCUGUGGUUAAUCAACAAUUACUAGUAUUCAACUCAAUUUUAGUCCAAAUUUACACUUGUAAUAGUUGCUCAUCCUUUGUGAUCACAUGCAUUCUUGUCAGACCCCUGUACUUAGUUCCUGUGUAAAACAAUGACUUUCUGUACGCAUUUUGCAAUAUAAUAAACUAUGAAUGGGACAAUACCACUACAACAA